UUGUAGCUUUAUCCCAACCAUCCAAAUAAUCUUGUAGAUAUAUAAACCAACUCUCCAUGACGAGUAGCAGCAAAAAUGGCAAAUCAUUUCACAAGUUUUUCGAAUCAUGGCUCGUUAAACAGAAUCAAGACUUGAAUGAGCUUGUACGUGUCUCGAAAGAGAACAACAAUGAUAUGAUGUUGUCACCUUUAAUACAUAGUGUGGUGAAACAUUAUGAAGAAUAUUAUAGAGAGAAAUCGCGAUACGCAAGUAGUGAUGUUUUAGGCAUGUUGCACCCCUCAUGGUUAAGUAAUCUUGAAGAUGCAUUUUUAUGGAUUGGUGGAUGGAGACCUAGCAUGGCUUUUCAUUUGUUAUACUCAAAAUCAGGUAUACAACUUGAAGCUAAUCUUCAUGAGUUAAUUAGAGGAUUUAGUAAAGAAGAUUUAGGAAAUUUAAGUGGUAAACAACUUGGAUUAAUUGAUGAGUUACAACAUAAGACAAUUAGUGAAGAAAGAAAGUUGAGUGAAAAGUUAGCUAUAGUUCAAGAAAGUUUAGCUGAUACAUCAAUGGUUGAAUUAUCACAUGUUGUGAGUGAAUUAAUGAGGGAGCAAUUAGUUGUUCAUGAGGAAGAGGAAAAAAUUAGUAAAAAUAUUAGUAAAAAAGAGGAGAGUUUAUUGGAUUUAUUGAAAAAAGCUGAUGAUUUAAGGUUAAGUACAAUUAAAGAGAUCUUGAGAAUUUCUACACCCAUUCAAAGUGUUCAUUUCUUGAUUGCUGCUGCUGAACUUCAUUUGAGGAUUCAUGAAUGGGGUAAGAACAAAGAUGCUCUUCUUUCUCAUCAUAAAUGGUCAUGUCAAACAAUAAACGACGAGGGGACGUCUGUCAGAAAUUAGCCAUUCACAACCAUACAGAGAUGUCAGAUCAUAAACGAUGAGCCAAAUUCUGUGGAGACGUCUGUCACAAAUAAGAUCUAUCAAACGAUACAGAGAAGAUUGGUACUUAAUAGUACUAAUUAUCAGGUAGUUGUUAUAGGAUGAACUUCUUUUUUAGGGCUUUUUUUUUUGUUUAAUUUCUGUUUUAUGUAGUGACAUGAUUAGUUUAAGAAUUUAAAUUUUUAUUUAUUUUUUUUA